UUCCAUAGCGACGGUGUAACAUGCGUGGGUGUCCUGCAACCGAGUGAGACGCAUAUUUCGGUUGAGCUGGAUUUUAAACGAUACUUAACAGGUAUACAACACAAACACCUGAAACGAGAAUUACCAUUCUAAUGAUGUCCGAUAUAACAGUCGGUCUAGACUCCCUCAGCUUCGAAUCUGGAUUAAGUGAAUGUGAAAAACCUUUCCUGUUUCUAAAAGCACGCUAUACUGGUCUGGUGCUUUGCUCCUGCGCCCAUGCUGCCUUCUUCGUCAAACUAAUCCAUGCAGUAAGAUUAAGAGUGUUAAAGGGACACGGUUCUCUUAGGUCUAAAGUAUCCUGUUUGCAUCUAUCUGCCGAUGACGGCAUUCUGAAAGUUGGUGUUCUAGGAGGAGGCCACAUUGGAAAACAACUGACAAAGGUGCUGCUCCAAUUUACAAACCUUCGUCCAGGAAACCUUAAAGUUUCCAGCAGAGGACCUGUGGGUAAGAAUGACCUCAAGAUAUUAGGGGUGGAAUGCUUUUAUGACAAUCGGCGAUUGGCUGCCUGGGCUGAUGUUCUUUUUCUCUGCUGCCUUCCCUCUCACUUGUCUAGAGUCUGUGCAGAAAUUCAGUCUGAACUCAGCCAGUCCUGCAUUGUGUAUAGCUUUGUCAGUGCUGUACCUGUGCCCAGGUAAAAAAAAUAUAUAAAUCUGCCUUUCUUUUUUUUAAAUAAACCUAUAAUUCAGCACAUUUUUUCCAUUCUAGCAAGACCAGAGGUACUGUAUAUUUAUGUAGCUUUUGGGGUCCAGGAAACAAAAAAUAAAAAGUAAACGUGUUCAUUGCUAAUUUAAAUGCUCUCAAUAUAAUGAUUUAUAAUGAACAUAUUAAGCUAAUCAUCUCAUCUGAGCUGUCUGUUGUAUACAGAUUCAAUUAAAAAAAUGUGCACUUUGAGAUUUUAUUUUGUAAAAUCUUUAUUUAAAAAA